AUGCCAUCUUCAAAUACUUCAACAACAAACAAAACAAAUAUGAAUGAAGGAAAUAAUGUUUGUUUAAACACAAACAAACAACAACAAGAAUGUUGUUCGGCUGCACAAAUGCAAUGUUUGUGUAAUAAUAAAAAUCAGAACAACCCAAACAAACAAAAUAAAAAUAUUCCUUUACGUUUUGGGAGAGAGGGGGGACGUUCUGCAACUUUUGGAGGACAUCAUAAUUUUCAUCGGCAUCAUCGUGAGGGAAGUAAUAACAGCAAUAGUAAUGGAAGGGGAAAUUAUAAUAAUAAUAACAACAAUAAUAAUAAUCCUCCUCGUCAACCAACUGCCGUUGUUUCGUUAAAUUCUAGACAGGUUGAUCGACUUCGUUCUGUUCUUGACCAAGUUGUGGAAAUACAUGGGCGUGAAAACUUCCCAACAUUGGAAAUUCCACUUCAUGCACUUAUUGGAAUAAUUUCGAGGCAAAAUAAAUUUUCUUUUAAAAAUUUUUUAAAUAUUACCCUUUUUAGAAAGCUUCGAGAUGCUGGGUUACCUCUCUUACACGUUAAAUUAAAUGGAGGGGCUGCUUCUUUUGUUUUUGCCCAAUCAGAUUCUUUUCCCUAUUCUGAUGUCGAUUUAAUCUUUCCAAUUGCUUUGGAGCGUGAUUCUGAUUUUGAAAGGGUUCGAGAAGCAGUUUUUGAUGCUUUACUUCAAAUGAUGCCGUCAAGUACAACAAAUAAAUCUGCAAUAACACCGGAAACUUUAAGAGAUGUUUAUAUUAGAAAAAUGGUUAAAGUAACAGAUAGUGAUCGUUGGUCAUUGUUUUCUUUACAUAAUGAUUAUGGAAGAUGUAUUGAACUUAAAUUUGUUGAAAGAAUGCGCCGUGCUUUUGAAUUUUCUGUUGAUAGUUUCCAAAUAACUUUGGACCCUUUAAUUGAGAAUCCAAACGAGAAUAGACCAAUUAUUCGGGCAGAAUCGAUGUAUGGAGAUUUUAUGCAAGCUUUAUUCCAUCUAAAUAAACGACUUAUUGAUACUCGAAAUCCUGAAGAAAUUAGAGGAGGUGGAUUGUUGAAAUAUUGCCAUUUAUUAACUAGAGGAUUUUCUGCUACUUCGAAUUGUAGAGAUAUGGAAAAGUACAUGUGUUCUCGUUUCUUUAUUGACUUCCCUGAUAUUAAUGUGCAGGAAAUGAAGCUGCUCAAUUAUUUACAGAAUCAUUUUGGCAAUGAAGAUGAUUUAAAAUUCGAUUAUCUCCACAAAUUAUUUUGCGUUAUUCGAGAUUCAACUGUUUGUUUAAUGCAACAUGAACGACGACAAACUUUAUCUAUGGUUGAUCGUCUUCGCCAACAACUUUCUUUUAAUUUAAUGCUCUAUUAUCAACAAUUUGAAGGCGUUAAUGGUUCAAAUGUUAUUUAUUACGGAAAUAAUGCUAUUGGCAAUUAUCGUCAUCGAAAACAUCAUCAUUUCAAUAAUAAUAGGCACUGGCAAAAUAAUAGACAUAAUAAUAGAAAUUCCCAAAUAUUCUGCGUUUCUCCAAUAUCAACAAUUGCCUCUUCUUCUAUUGAAAUUGAACAACAACAAGUAGAUAAUAAAGAAUUAAAUUUAGAAAAAGAUGAACAAACAGUAGUGCCUGAAUUUAAUGUUGAGAUUGUUGAUACUGUUAAUAAUGAAGAAAAUAAAGAAGCGGAAGGAGGAGAAGAAAAGGAAAAAGAAAUCUCAACAGCAAAAAAUGUUUCUACUGAACAACAAAACAAUUCAAUUCCCGUUGUGACUAUUUUGAAACCCCCAACAAACAGGCCACCAACAACUUCUCCUAAACAACCAACAACAACUUCUAAACAGCAGCGGCAUGUCCCUCGUCAAACUCUUCUCUAUUUACCACCAAAUGCCAGCCAUUGGAUUCCUGUUGUUUAAAUGGCUUCAA